UUCAAAGUUAUCACAGUAUAUUUACCUCAGUCUUUAGUUUCACAAAUAUUAAGAUAUCGUAACGUUGCAUUGAUUUUACGCGCGUUGUCACGCAUGACGUCACAAUAAUUAACCUUUGACACGCGAUUGUCUUCGUUGCGCAUCAACGCAAAUCGAUAUAAACAAUUAACUCAUCAUGCAAUCCGUGUAUUAAUUGGAAUUACCUCUCGAAUUAUUAAAAAGAAUUGGCAAGAACACAAGGAACAUAUCCUGUUUUCUGUAGCGUCGUCUGAGAUAUUUCUCGGACUUGGUGAUGAAUUAAAAUCUCACCUCGCGAAUACAGUCUACAGAAUGUUAUUAAAAUAACACUUACAGGUUUAACAAGAAAUAAUUUUUGUCUCAAUGAAGGGUGUGUUUCUAAGAACCUACUUGCGGAAUGGAGCGUACAACACCGAAAAAAUUCAUGAGAAUAGCGGACACUCUAGCCGCAAAGGGGUAUCGAGUGGGACACCAACUUGGAGAAGGAACAUAUUCGAAAGUUCGAACCGUCGAAAGAGUCGCAGACCGCAAGAUGUGCGCUGUUAAAAUCAUUGAUCGCCAAAAAGCAAGAAAGGAUUACUUAACUAAGUUUUUACCGCGUGAAUUAGAAAUCAUCAAACGUAUAAAACAUAAAAAUGUGAUACAGACAUUCAUGUGCAUAGAAACAAAGGAAUUCAUAUUUCAAAUCAUGCAGUAUGCAGAAAAGGGCGACGUGCUACAAAUGAUUCAUAGCCAUGGUUUUAUUGCAGAGGUGAAAAGCAAAAAUAUCUUCAACGACGUCAUGAAUGGUUUGAAAUAUUUACACGAUUUGAACAUUGCUCAUAGGGAUCUUAAAUGUGAAAAUAUCUUAAUAUUUAAAAAUAAUGUCGCCGCUUUAACAGAUUUCGGAUUUGCCCGGUCUUUUGAUACAAGUUCAAGCGGUUUGAUGUGCAGGACAUUCUGCGGAAGUGCUGCGUACGCAUCACCGGAACUACUUCGUGGAAUUCCAUAUGAUCCAAGAGUAAAUGAUAUUUGGGGGACGGGAGUUAUAUUAUAUACAAUGUUAUGCGGAACAAUGCCAUUUGAAGAUGCAAAUGUUACCAGACUUGUUCAGCAGCAGUUGUCACGUGAUAUCAAAUUUCCACCUAGAGUAAGCAGUAAAAUUAGUGAGAAUUGCAAAAAGCUAAUAUUUGAAAUAUUGGAUCCUAGUAUUACGAAACGACCUAAUGUAGAUCAUAUUUUGUCGACUAAGUGGCUUAGAGACGACGCCAUAGAAAAGUCAUCAUAACGUCCAUGACGUAAUU